UGUUUGUUUAUAUAUGACAUCACUUUUGCGGCCAAAACASUGUACAUACGGUAACUCAUAAACAACUGGUGACCACCAAAACCAUCCGCUCUGCUGGCCAUGGAGUUGAUGUUCAGCAAYGACAACGAAAACAACAACACCAAUGCCAUCAUCACCAAUGAAUCAACAUCAUCAACAGCUGAUCCAUGAAAAUCAGUCCAUCAAAGAKCUGUUGACCCGUUACGAGCUUAAGAUCAGRCAUCUGGAGGCCAUCAAAGACAGGGCGACUGUUGUCUUAAGRCAAUGUGUCUGCGAGGCCAACAACGGCGGCCCGCGUGACCAAUUGGGCGAACUGAUAGACACGUAUGUCGCCGCCGCCGCCGCUGAUGAUGAUGAAUGGCCACAACUAGUAACGACAUCCGAUGAGACGGCGGCCGACGUAGUGGACGUAAAGUUAGUGUCAAUCGAUGACCAGAUAGUGGUCGCAGACGGUAAUGGUGAUAGUGGUUGUAAUAGUGGCCAUCGUCAACACAUACAGUCGCCGGCAAAUGUGUCCAAAAGACGCCGCAAAUGUAAAGUAUUAAACAAUARUCARACAGAAGAAGAUGGCAAAAGCUGGUCGUGCGAGUGGUUGGGCUGUCAUUACAGGUGYGAUAGCAAACAUAAACUGUCGGCUCAUCACAGGUUUCAUCACAACAACAACAACAACAACAAGAAGACCACCAGUGGCUCAAAAGCCAGUGACGAGUCAACAGUGGCCGCCGUUGUUGCCGAUAAUCGUAAGCGUCGGUCRUCGAAACGGGUCUGGGAUUGUAUGCGUUACCGAUGCAAUUGGCCGGGCUGUGAACGGGCGUUUCCCACCAAUAAUAAGUUGUCGACACAUCUGCGCGUUCACACCGGUGAGAGGCCGUACGUUUGCCAGUGGCCCGACUGUCAUAAAAGUUUUCACAUAAAGGGUUCACUAAAACUWCACACAAAUCUUCAUCUAAAUCUCAAGUCGUUUCACUGUCAUUAUGACGAUUGCGAUGAUUCGUUUACUCGAGUGGAACAACUGGACAAACAUGUCUACGAAGUGCACACCGGUAUUAUGCCGUACCUGUGCCAGUGGCCCGGCUGUGGCUAUCAGACGUGUUAUAGACAGAGAUUGCAUUUACAUAAACGCAAACAUACCGGUGAAAAGCCAUACCGGUGCGAAUGGGAUGGUUGUGAGUCUAGCUUUACCGAAGCCCAUCAUUUGAAGGCACACGAACGUAAACAUACGGGCGAACGGCCCUACGGGUGCGAGUGGCCGGGCUGUGAACGGCGCUACAAGAAUCGGCAGGCAAUGAGAUUUCAUAUGGAAAGAGUACACAACAAACUGGAAUCGCUGAUCCAGGAGGACAUCGAUGACUGA